AUGGAAUUCGUCAGCAAACUUGCCGAAAAGUUCCUCGACAAGGACAAGUCCAGCGGCAGCCAAGAAGGCUAUGGCAACCAAGGCGGCUACGGUGGAGGUGACCAGGGAUAUGGCGGCGGCUAUCCUCAACAACAACAGCAUUCAGGCCCUCAAGUGCCCCCCCCAUGGAUCGCCCGGUGGGAUGGGGAGUCACAGCGCUGGUUCUACGUGAACGAGCAGACCGGCGAGAGGACCUGGAACCACCCAGGCCAGGGCGGUGGCUACGGACAGCCGCAGCCUUCGUACGGUGGCGGUGCACCUUACGGGGGAGAACAGUCGUAUGGCCAGCAGCCCUCGUAUGGCUAUGGCGAGUCGCGCCAGGGAGAUUUCUAUCAGCAGCAGGAGGAGCCUAAGAAGGAUCACACUGCGGCGAAAAUUGCAGGUGCUGCGGUUUUAGGUGUUGCUGGUGGAGCGUUGGGAGCGUAUGGUCUGCAUGAAGCGCAUGAAAAGUGGGAUGAGAACAAGGAAGAGUGGAAACAGGAUGUUCAGGAUUUCCCUGAAAAUGCUGCGGAGUGGACCGGCGAGAAGGUCGGUGAAGCCGAAGCAGGCUGGGAUCGUGCCGAGGAUCGAGUCGAACAAGGCUGGGAUAACGCCGUCGAUAAGGUUGAGGACUUCCCCGAAAAUGCUGCAGAGUGGACCGGCGAAAAGGUCGGAGCCGUGGAACGAUUCGGGGACGAUAUGCACGAUGCAUACGAGCGGGGAGAGGAUGAGGGCCGCGGUGACGACGAUUGGUAA